GACGGUGGCCGAUAGUGGUCCUAAUCUCGUGGGACUGCGCUGCGCGCGCUCGGUGGGAUGCGCCUGCGCAUUAUGCUGGUCUCCAUGGCGGGGCCUCGGAGCCAAGACGAGAGAAAAUGAUUCUGUGAAGACACAAAGCUUUCACAUAAAUGAAGCUACAGCUAUCAUGAUUUAGUGACCCCAAAAGUAAGAACUUCAGUGGACAAGAAAGGACAUUUAUGGGGUUAGUAGAAUGCUUGAGGCCUGGAAUUUAAACCUGAGCCACUAUCUAAAGCUGUUAAAUAAUAGAAGAAAAUGGAAUUGAAUAUGAUGUCAGCAUGGAACAAUCUAAUGAUUCAUUGAGAGCCAACCAUAAAGAUGGUGAAGAGUCAAAAACCGAUGCUCAGGUGUUUGAGCAUCUAACCUGUAUGGGCUUCAGGGAUUCUUCCUUUGAACAAAAUGAUUCUCCUAGAGUUUUGCCGAUCACUGCUCCUGAAGUAAAUAAUUCACUCCCAUCACAGAAUAUACCAGGGACGCUGACUCAGACACAGACACUUUCUGCAGAAAAAUUCCACCUAGUCGACCAAAAUGAGCAAGCUGUUCAAUACGAACUUCAAUCAUUGGGGGAUUCCAGUGCACAAAUGAUGAUCGUUGCCAGCUCAUCAGAAAACGGACAGGUACUUCGUGUAAUUCCAUCUACCCAGACAGGAAUGGCACAAGUGAUUAUACCUCCGGGGCAGCUUGUGGAUGUGAAUAGUCCUCGCGAUGUCCCUGAAGAGAAACCCAGUGACAGAAACUUAUCAACUGUAAGCAUGGAUACUCUAGCAGACAAUCCUAGCAAUUACAUUCUUCAUCCACAGUCAUCCUUCACAUUGCCCAAAAAGUCAGUAACCAGAAUGCUGGAAGAACCUCUUCUGGCGCCUCUUCAGCCACUUUCCUCUAACACACCUAUAUGGGCCUGCCGUCUCAGGAGCUGUGAGAAAAUUGGAGAUUCUUACCGUGGCUACUGUGUAAGCGAGACUGAAUUAGAAAGUGUCCUAACAUUUCACAAGCAGCAAACACAGACUGUUUGGGGAACCCGUCAGUCUCCAAGCCCAGCCAAGCCUGCUACACGCUUGAUGUGGAAAUCCCAGUAUGUCCCAUAUGAUGGAAUCCCAUUUGUUAAUGCAGGGAGUAGAGCUGUGGUAAUGGAGUGUCAGUAUGGGCCAAGAAGAAAAGGUUUCCAGUUAAAAAAAAUCAGUGAGCAGGAAAGCAGGUCUUGUCAGCUCUACAAAGCCACUUGUCCAGCUCGGAUUUACAUUAAAAAGGUACAGAAGUUUCCUGAAUAUAGAGUUCCUACAGACCCCAAAAUUGACAAGAAAAUUAUCAGAAUGGAGCAGGAAAAAGCCUUUAACAUGCUAAAGAAGAACAUGGUAGAUGCUGGUGGUGUUCUUAGGUGGUAUGUACAGUUACCUACACAGCAAGCUCAUCAGUAUCAUGAAUUAGAGACUGCCUGCCUACCUCUGUCACCUUCUCCUUUUCCUGUGUCUGCUCUUGAAGAAGAGGAAACUGCAGUUAGAGAUGAGAAUUGUGCAUUACCCUCACGUUUACAUCCUCAAGUAGCACAUAAGAUUCAAGAAUUAGUAUCACAGGGAGUAGAACAAGUAUAUGCAGUAAGGAAACAGCUAAGAAAAUUUGUGGAAAGGGAACUGUUCAAACCCGAUGAGGUACCUGAAAGACAUAACUUAUCUUUUUUUCCAACUGUAAAUGAUAUAAAAAAUCACAUCCAUGAGGUACAGAAAUCCUUGCGAAAUGGAGAUACGGUAUAUAACUCAGAGAUUAUUCCAGCAACGCUUCAGUGGACUACAGACAGUGGGAAUAUUCUCAAAGAGACCGUGACAGUUACAUUUGCCGAAGGAAAUUCACCAGAAGAAUCAAUUACUACCAAAAUGGAAACAAAUCUUACAGGGGGUUCUUUGUCUCCUGAGCCAACCCACUUGCUCUCUUCACUCUCCUCAUUUCAGCCCAAAAUAUUUACACAGCUACAGGAUUUGCAGUUACAACCAAGGUUCACCUCUCCUGAUGAAUCACCAGCUCUGGUAUCAGUAAAUAACCAGCCAUCCUCUAGUCCUUCAGGACUUCUGGAUUCAAUAGAAAGUGCUGUAAUGAAUAAUAAUUCUCUACUGCUUGAUCAAACUCAUAGCCUUCAAAGAGAUACAUGCCUAACCCAAAACAAUAGUACUGCCUCCACCAUGGGUAACCUCCCAGAACCAGAUCAAAAUCUAGUUGCAAUGGACCAGCUGGUAGACGUUGGAGAUGUUGAGGACACAGGGAAUCUGGAAGGAACUGUUCAUCAGAUUCUGUUGGGAGAUGUGCAGACUAUUCCAGUACGGAUUAUAGACAACCACUCAGCUCUUAUUGAAGAAAAUCCAGAAAGUACCAUUUCUGUGAGCCCAGUUAAGCAAGAACCCAAAGAACCAGCAUUAUCUAUGGAAGCAAAAAAAAAUUUGGACUGUAAGAAAUUAUCUGCUACAUAAAUUAUUGAAGCUUUUCAGAAUUUACAACUCUGGUGACUUCUGAUGUCUUAGAAAAGAAGGUGAAUAUUGUCAAAGCAUGGCAUUGAGAUAAUUGGACUGAAGACUGGUUUGAUGAGAAGCUUUUAUUUCAAACAGAUAUAUUUGUUGCCAGUUCCAUAUUUUUACCUUCCUUAAGAGAUGUUUUAUUCCUCUUAUUUUGUAUAAUUUUUAUGCUUUUUGAUUAUCUAAUAAGGCCAGUAUUUCAAAAGCUCUUCUGAACUUAUCCAUAGUAAUAUAGUCUGAACACAAAUAGUUUAUAUAACUUAUCCUUGGAAAUACUCAAUUUUGGUUCUUACAAGACAGAAAAGGACUACAGCAACAAAAACA